GCAUUGCAUUUUCGUAAAGAGCUGGAUAGUUUCCGAUUCAGUCAGUUUGACCUUGUUACAGUUUAUAUUGAGACUGUUACCUUUUUCACAUUCGCUGUUGCGUACCUUAAGGCGGCUUUGGAGUAAACCUUUCUCUGUUGGUGUCGCUUACCACCAAACGAUGAAGAUCCCGUUUUGUUUUAUCACCAGAAGAAGUAGGACUUUUUAUGGACUUCAGCAAAAACAGUUUUUAUCAAACUUUCCAAGACUACAGAACACUGCUUUGAGAUGCAGCAGCACCCAGCUUUGCAAAGAUGACAAAAGUUUCUACAUAACAACUCCCAUCUUUUAUGUCAAUGCUUCUCCUCACCUGGGACACCUGUAUUCAGCUGUGAUAGCUGACUGUUUGCACAGGUACAAACGUCUUCAGGGUUGUAGCACAAGGUUUGCCACAGGAACAGAUGAACACGGUUUAAAAAUCCAGCAAGCAGCUGAGGCUGCAGGAAAAGAUCCGCUGGCGUUCUGCACUGAGAUCUCAGAGCGGUUCAAACAUCUCUUCAGCAGCUGCAACUUAUCCUUUACGGACUACAUUAGAACCACAGAGCAGAGACAUCGCCAGGCCGUGGAGCAUUUCUGGUCAGUGCUCUGGAACAAAGGACUCAUCUACAAGGGGGUUUACGAAGGCUGGUACUCCACCCAGGAUGAAAGCUUCCUUGUGCCGUCACAGGUUGGCGAAGCUCUGGACUCAACAGGGAAAGAGAUCAAAGUGUCACUGGAGAGUGGACACAAGGUGGAGUGGAUGAAGGAGGAAAACUACAUGUUCCGACUGUCUGCGUUUCAGUCUCAGCUGAUCGACUGGUUACAAGAAAAUCCUGGAGUUAUACAGCCCAAGCGCUUCCACCAGGCUGUGCUGCUGUGGCUGCAGGAAGAUCUUCCAGACCUCUCGGUGUCCCGUCAGAGAAAUCGCCUGCAGUGGGGCAUCCCAGUCCCAGGAGACGCUGAACAAACCAUCUAUGUGUGGCUGGAUGCCCUUGUGAAUUAUCUCACAGUCGUUGGCUAUCCAGAUAAACACGACCAAUGGUGGCACAAGGCUCAUCAUGUUAUCGGAAAGGACAUUUUGAAAUUCCACUCCAUCUACUGGCCUGCUUUCCUUCUAGGAGCAGGACUCCCGUUGCCACAGGCCAUAUAUGUGCACUCACACUGGACAGUGGGAGGAAAGAAGAUGUCUAAAAGUCUGGGUAAUGUGGUCGAUCCACUGGAACACUCGCAGAAAUUUACAAAUGAUGGUAUGAGGUACUUUCUGCUGCGUCAAGGAGUCCCAGACUCGGACUGCGAUUACACACAGGACAAAGUUAUGAAGCUGCUCAAUGCAGAGCUGGCUGACACUUUAGGUGGUUUACUGAACCGCUGCACAGCUCCAGCUCUGAACCCAGCUCAGGUUUACCCCCCUUUCUGUCCUCAGUCCUUCUGCAGUGAACAAGGAGGCAGAGCUGUGACUGAUGACUAUCACAUGUUGGCCGCGGUAAAACAUCUGCCCGCUGUGGUUGAGCUGCACUACCAGAGCAUGCACGUAUAUAAAGCACUGGAGGCGAUCAGUGCCUGCGCGAGACAGACCAAUGGGUUCGUUCAGCGCCACACACCUUGGAAGCUGGAUAGGGGGGACAGUAAAGACCAGCGCUGGCUAGACACCAUCAUCCACGUGUCUCUUGAAUGUCUGAGAAUAUAUGGGACUCUCCUCCAGCCAGUGGUGCCAGAGAUUUCUAACAAACUGCUCAACAGACUCGGGGUGCAACCAGAUGAGAGGAACUGGGAAGCUUUGAACUUUCUUCCAAAGUAUCAAGGCAGGGACUGCCCUUUUGAAGGGAGACCACUCGGACCCGACUCUGGAGUGCUUUUUAGCCGCUUGGAAACUCAAAGUGACGAUAAACAAAAGCCAAAAAACCCCAAGAACUCUGCAAAUCUGAAAUAACUUUUUAUCCGUCAUUUCCCCCCGACUCUUUGACCCU